UAUAACUGCUCAUUGACGUGGUACCCUUCGCAUACGGUAUACCCCCACCGAGGCGAAUUUAUCAGAACUGAUCAAAUCCAACCGUAGGCCGUAGUUAACAGAAGUUAGGGUUUUCUGUUUCUGUGGCAAGAUGACGAGGCGCAGCCGUGUUGGUGGGAAAUGUGAGAAACAACCGAUGGGUAAGAGAAGCGGCGGCAAUCGUGUUCGCGGCAAACGUCAGAAAUUGAAGCCGGAAGCGGAGCGCAAAGUUGGAGGUGAGAGCAGCGGUGGAGGAUCAUCGUGGGGAAAAAACAAACGCGUUUUUCCACCACCACCAGCUGAAAAAACAUCGCUUCCUCCGAGGCUGGGUCUCAAGGAGUCAGGAACUUAUGAGGAAUUUAUCAGGAAUGCCCUAGCAAGAACUCGCGCUCGCCGUUGUAAUCCUUAUAUUGGUUUCGAGCCAUUCGGCAACGAAAAGAUGGCCGACGAGAGUACCAUUGAACGGUACCUCGAACAGGUCGAGGAGAGCGAUGGUUUUGACAUAGAUGUUUUUCCGGGUGGUCGUGAGACUAUCUAUGCCCCCAUUAGAAAUUUUAAGAAUGAUCCUCAACUUUACAAAGAUCUCGUUGAAAUGGCUAUCAUGGCACUUGAAGAGUUCAAUGAUAAGAACAAAGAUACCAAGGGUGUACCAUUUGGGUUUAAAGAUAUUGAGAAGGUAAUUUCAUACAUGUGUGCUGGUGAGGUCUUUCACAUUACCUUCCAAGCUGAAGAGGCUGAAACUGCUGAGGUCAAGACCUUUCAAGCUAAGGUUUAUGAACCUAUCCAGGAGGACCAAAGAGAGGUUAUGCUCGUCAGACUGAAAAAAUACUAGAUUAAUGAUAGUGUUGGAUGAUACAAGCACAGACUGCUCUGUCCCUCCUUGUGUUAAUGCAUUUACAUAUGGAGUUUCUGUCUAAUAUGUCGUCGUCUUAGUAUGUUUAAUGUUUAUGUCUUUUCUGUAGUACGACGACUUAUUCAGUCUAGUACCUAAGACUUCAGAUAACUGGCUGCCGUUGCCCUUUGAGAUGAAGUCUCUUUAACUUUGUGACCGAGAGUGUCAUAUGUGGAGCCAUUGUGGGUGCUCGUCUUGACAGUUUAAUUACGGUCUCCAGUUACUGUUUAACUAGGUGAGAAGUUUCUUAGAUCUUUCAAUGCUAUUAUUUUCGUGCUUCAUAUGCAAUUACAGGUUUGAAGUCGUGAAA